UGGGAGUGAGUGGUGAGAAGUGAGGCUUAACGCCUUCGUUCCUGAAUCUCCAGCUAGACUAGGUUCUGGAAGGUUGAGGGCGGCUUGUAAAGAUGCCUUGCUGGCUACCAGAAGGCAAGAGCUAACUAACUACAACUUAUGGUCAGCAUCCUUGAACCUAUGGAUCCGGGAGCUUCCCGUUCACCAGACAGGUGACUCCAAAGCACGUUCCUUUAUUUCCCCCUCCAUCCCGGGACCCAGGCUACAUAUCUGCGGCCAUCUGGAAGAGCCUAGGAAGAGGAGACGUGCACCCGCUCCUGGUGUGAGGGUGCAGAGGGGCAAAUUCGCUGUAAUUGAUUCACAGUAGAGGCUGUUGCAGUGGGGUUUACAUCUUCCAGAACUACUUUUCAAAGUCACUCCCCCCUGCACACCAUUGAUAGCUGACAGUGCUUGACAGUCCACAGUGGGGAGGGGGACUUGUUUGCUGCUUUGGCUAAACGAUGGGGGAGGAGGGGACCCUAGAACUGUUUUUUCACUCCUUGCUUCUUGACCCGGGAGUCAAGUCAUCUUCCACACCAUCCAAGGAUGCGUUUCACACACCCCCGGCGUGUUGCAGCGUGCUACAAACUGUCAUUAUUCGGCGUUUACUGCACACCUUUAUUACUAUGGUCAAGGCAGUCUCGGGCUCCCGGCCUACAGAGUUGGAAACUGGCUAGCUAUCUGGUCAGGUCUCCUCUCUGCCCCGUCUGUCUUCUGUCUCUCAGCCACCACGAGGACUGCGUCGCCACGAUGAAGUGUCUUCCUACUGGGAUACGAGGAAUCGGACUGGAAUCCGGAUGACAAGAGUGAGUCCUCUUGAGCCCUGCCACCACCGCGGGAGUGAGGCGAUCGCCCCAGGCACGGCUGCUGACCUCACACAGUCUUUCUGAGGUGGCAGGUGGACGCUUUCAAGUUCGUCUCACGGGACUCCCCGCUCGUCCGGUCCACUUGGCCUCAAUGAAUCAGUUCGGCGCGGCCACGAACCCCGCCAGCGGCGUGACAGUUUGGCGGGUCCUCUGACCUCUCUUGGCAUUUGUUUACCUUCCGGACGAUGAGUCGGCUCUGCCUGGUGUUGGGGAGGCUGCUUUCAUCAUUGGCGACCUCCCUGCAAGGUGACACUCUGCUCUGCUAGACUCGGGAACUCCUUCCCCGCCCUCCUCCCUGGAGCAUAAAUGCUGCCGACGCGAAGCUCGCCUCACCGGAGCGCUCGGGAGAGCGGGUCGACCCCCAGCUCUCACCCGCGGCCGCCCUUUCCACUUUAAGAGUCCGCGCCGUUUUGGAAGGACCGAGGCCGAGUCCCCCCCCGCCGAGGUGUCGCGAGAAGCGCCCCAGCGGCCACCUCUCGCGAUGUUUGGAGGCGCAAAAGGCGGCCAUUUUGGGGUCCCCCCCGCUGGUUACUCCGGCGCUGUCCCCCAGGCUGAGGCCGGGACCAAGGCUGGCCCCGCAGGAGGCCGGCCGGCUGACACUAUGUGGCGGCUCCGCUGCAAGGCCAAGGGUGGCACCCACGUUUUGCAGGGUCUUUCCAGCCGGACCCGCUUACGGGAACUGCAGGGCCAAAUCGCCGCUAUCACCGGCAUCGCUCCGGGCAGUCAGCGAAUCCUCGUCGGCUACCCGCCCGAGUGCCUGGAUCUCAGCGACCGGGACAUCACUCUUGGGGACCUGCCCAUUCAGUCAGGUGACAUGCUGAUUGUCGAAGAAGACCAAACCAGACCAAAAGCUUCCCCUGCGUUUUCAAAACAUGGUGCUCCUAGUUAUGUCAGGGAAACUCUGCCUGUGCUUACCAGAACCGCAGUCCCAGCAGACAACUCUUGCCUCUUUACCAGUGUGUACUAUGUCGUUGAAGGAGGAGUCUUGAAUCCAGCUUGUGCCCCUGAGAUGAGACGCCUCAUAGCGCAAAUUGUAGCAAGUGAUCCGGACUUGUAUAGCGAGGCGAUACUGGGGAAGACAAACGAAGACUACUGUGACUGGAUCCGAAGGGAUGAUACAUGGGGGGGAGCAAUCGAGAUCUCGAUCCUGUCUAAGUUUUACCAAUGUGAAAUAUGUGUAGUGGAUACACAGACAGUCAGAAUCGAUCGUUUUGGGGAAGAUGCAGGGUAUACCAAAAGAGUUCUGCUUAUCUACGAUGGCAUCCACUACGAUCCGCUUCAGCGUAACUUCCCUGAUCCAGAUACCCCUCCUCUGACCAUUUUCUCCUCAAAUGAUGAUAUUGUUCUCGUACAAGCACUGGAAUUAGCUGAUGAAGCUAGAAGAAAGAGACAGUUCACUGACGUAAACCGCUUCACCCUGAGGUGCAUGGUGUGUCAGAAGGGCCUAACCGGACAAGCCGAAGCAAGGGACCAUGCCAGGGAGACAGGGCAUACCAACUUUGGAGAGGUGUGAUCUGCUCAUAAGAGUGGGAGCCUACUACCUCACAGAUCCAGAAGGCUCUGGGUUUUCCAAUAAGCUAUUAAUAACCCUACAGAAUAGAACACAAUGCUUGGACCAUCCUUUUAUCCUAAACUAGUAUGACUGACACUGAAAUUCCUUGUUAAGAUUAAAAUCAGUGUGCAAGUUUACAGACGUGUGUCUACACUAGUGGCAUGCCCUCUUUCUACUGGGGUGUCGGAAUAGGUGGUUUUGGCUACUUCGGAUGCUAACCCGAAGACUGGAUUGUAUUAUAAACCAGCACCUAGCAGCUUUAGCUUAUAGAAGAAAACAUCAUAUUUUAGGUAAUGUGGAAAGCCUUGUGGAGGCCACUGGACAUAUAACACAAUGUCUCUCUCCAGUAGUUGAUUCCUUUAAUAACUUUGAAUGAGUUAGUAGUUUCUAAAUUCUGAAUUGAUUCAUCAAAUGAAGAUACUCAGAAUUGUUAAAACUUUUUAUAUUGCAAUUGAUAGACUUUAUAAGUGUAUCUAACUACUUACAAGUACAUUAAAAGCAAUUUUACAGGGAUAAAUAUGUCCCUUGAGAAUGUUAUCUAAAACAGGGAUUAAUAUGGUCCUGUUGAGAUUUCUAGUGUAUAAAAGUAGAAUGUAUAAGGGGAAAAGGUGCCUGAAGCAGCUUCCUGAAGCUUUAAAAGACUGUUGGCCUCAUGUUUUAAUGCAAUUCAUGUAUUGGUAUUUGUCACAUUAGGUUUUGUUUUGUUGUUGUUGUUUUUUUUUUUUUAAUGAAGCAGGGUAUGCCUUUUAAAUUGCUAAUUUAGUUUAAAAUUCAAGAAGUAUCUUGAAAUUUUGAGUGUUUAGUUCUUUUGCUUUUUUAACAUAAAUUUUUCUGGAGGGAUUUGAUUUCCUCAGCUCUUCAGCUCAAAGCACUUCUUACUAACAAGUCUUCCUCUAAAGUGUCAGUGGUAUGCUUUGGUUUCCUGAAACUUUUCCAUAGAGAACAAUACUCAUUGAUCCACUCUGAUCUUUUGGAUAUUCCACAUUUCUGCAAGUUAGUACUUUGUUCCUCUGUGAUCUUUGACUUUCAGUUUUUGAAUAAUUGAUUUGGUUUGUUUCACUUAGAAAAUAUACAAAGUUUUAAAAUCCUUGCCUUAUACAGCUCUCUCAGAAUAUUGCUACCCAGUGUCAGGUAUGCAGCCAUUUGCUUGAUGGAAUGAUCCUCAAGGCACUUGCUCUCAAAACUUAGCUUCACUAUAGAAUCUUCCAGGUAAAGUUUUCUACCUCUUAAUUCUUCUAAAGAUCAGGGAUGCUAAGUUAUAAUUUGUUGUAUAUUCUGUCAUUACAGUGUAUAGAGGCAUAAUGUUGUGAAGUUUUGUUAUCUUGAUCUCAUUUAUUAAAUAUCUCAGAGAACCAUUUACACCAAUGUGCUUUAAAGCACUUAACAUCUUUCCAUGAUUCUUCAUAGCAAAUGUUUUAAAAUCAAAGUCAAACCUUAGCCUUUUACAUGGUAAUGGUGGCCAUGUCAAACUAAGGAAUGUUAAAGUGAACAAUUUAGAAAGUUCCUUUAAGGACAAUUGAACAAUUCACAAAGUAUGCUUCAAUCAUCAAAUGAGAUUCUCUCUUGUGUUGAGACAAAGUCUCCCUGUGUGUUUAUUGCUGGCCUGGAAUUUGCAAUAUAGACCAGGCUCAUCCAACUCGAAGUGAUCCUUCUGCCUCUGCCUUCUGAGUGUUGAGAUUACAAGUGGGGGCCACCACACCUGGCCAGAUGACUUUUCUUGAAUGCCCUUUGUGCACAUAGCCAGUCAGGCAAUGGCACUAUUGUAGUCAUAUAAGUUGAAAAUGUUUUUCUUUUUUGAACUGAGCCUUAAAGAUAGUUCUACUGAGCUUAGGAUGCCAAGCACUUGGCGUUCAUGACAUGUAAUGACUGUCACAAAAGUCUCUUCUUAUCUGUCCUCUGGGUUAGAUUUUUAAAAUCUCUUUUGUUUUCUCUAUAAAAUAUUUAAUUUAAAGCUGUACAUUAAAAAUGUAACAUUGGGUCAUGCAUCGUAUUUAUAAAGCUUACCUUCCUUUACCACUUGAGCAUCCAAAUUCAAUAUUUCUAAAAUUUUGGAUCCAAGUUUGUCCAUGCAACAAGUAUUUAUUGAAUAACUUAUAAUGUGUCAGGCAUGUUCUAUUUUUUGAAAAUAAAUUCCUGUCACUUUAAAAUUGAGUUUAUAUAAUGUACAAAGGAUUUGUUUAGUAAAUGUAAAGAAAUAGAAUGAGCACUGGUAUCUUCAAAAUCAAAUCUUUGUUCUAAGUGUUAUUUGUAUGUCUUGUUUAGUAUUUAUUUAGGGGAUUGUUUCUCAUUCUAUUUUAUCUUGCUUGGUUUGUCAGGUUGCCAGGUAGACACUUGAUAGUAAAAUGGCUUUCGAAAAGACAUUUUAAUCAUUUGCUGAGAUGAGGACUGGUUUGAGAGUCAUGUUUUUGUUGUGAAACAUUCCAGGUGAAGCAUUAUAUGCAAAGUAUUUAAUUAUUAAUUUCAUUCCAAAUUCAAGUUGUUAUGCCUCAUAGAAUUUAAAAGACUUGUUUUAUAUUUUUUCCUGUAUUAAGCUCUUGAAAUUAUUGUGAGGAAACUCAUUUUUAGAAUUUUGAAAAAUCUGUGAAUUUAGUUGCAGCAAAGCUAAAAAAAAAAAAAAAAUCC